CCCCUGCCCGAUCCCCAAAGGCGCCCGUGCCUCCCAAUUUGACCUCCCUCAACCCGGGGAGCUGGACAGGACCUGCGAAGGGGUGGGGGAGGAGGUCAUCCCGGGACGAUCCGAUCGGUGUCGCCGGGGAUUGGGUGUCGGAGCUCGGGCCGGCCAGCCCAGCCCCUGGCCCGCAGCACCGUCUAUAAUUAGCCGCCUCCAGGGCCACCAGCACUGUCGGCGACCCGGGGCUGGGGCGGUGCGGACGCGAGUCGCAGUCCAGCGCGCGGACCUGGACCAUGAGAGUAGCGGGGCCCCGUCCCUUGGACUCGGGGCGCGUCCUUCCCGCCCCGAAGGCCGGCCUGGGCAUCCCUGUCCCCGCGCGCAGAAGCCCCGCCUGGCCUCCGUCCCCGGACGAGGAUGCGGGGCUGCCCCCUUUCCCUCGGGAGGAGCCCGGGCCCCGGCACCCCACGGCUCCAGGGUCCCUGCCCUCUGCGGCCGCGUCGUUGGAGGAGGACGAGGACGGAGCUGAGGGCCCCGGGGACGCCGAGGCGCUGCGCAGCGAGGAGCAUCCCGGCCUGUUCUUCGCAGAGGCGCAGAGGCUGCGGGAACAGGGGCUACUGCUGGACCAGGCGGUGGCCGUCGGGGGGCGAGUGCACGAAGUGCAUCGGGUGAUUCUGGCGGCCGUGAGCGGCCUUUUCCGAGACAGGCUGCUGGAGGGCGAAGGGUCUCAGCCUCCCUGGAGCCUCCCCGUGUCCCCUGGGGGUUGGGAGGCCGUGGUCACCUUUGCCUAUACGGGGGUGCUGGUGCUGGGGCCGGCCUCCCCGGGAGAGGUGCUGCAGGCGGCUGAGGCUCUGCGGGCACCCCGGGUGAAGGCCGCGGUGCAGCGGAGACUCGAGGCCGAAGACCAGCAGCUGAGCCAGGCCGAGGAGCUGAGGGAGAGCCUCCUUGGCAUUCAAGGCCUGUACCAAGGGGGCAUCGGGUGCGACCUGGAGCUGGAGGCUGACGGCUGCAGGCUGCGAGUGCACCGAGCAGCCCUGGCCUGUGGCAGUGAAUUCUUUGGAGCCAUGCUCCUGAGUGGGAUGAAGGAAUCCCAGGGUACAGAGGUAUGUCUACAUACCGUCUCUGCUCAGGACCUACAACUCCUUGUGUCUUUUGCCUACUCUGGGGUUGUGCAAGCGACAUGGUCAGGACUGCUGAAAGUUGCUCAGGCUGCUCUUCAGUACCAGAGCUCUUCUUGCUUGGCUCUGUGCCAGAAUGCCUUAGCUCGAAGUCUCAGCCCUGCCCGUUGCCUGGCCUUGUUUCCCUUGGCCGAAGCCCCUGGGUUGGAAAGACUCUGGAGCAAAGCCCGUCACUACCUCCUCACUCACCUGCCUGCGGUGGCUUUGUGCCCUUCUUUCCCUUCUUUGCCGGCCUCCUGCCUGGCAGAGAUCCUGGAGUGUGAUGAGCUUCACGUGCAGGAAGAGUUUGAGGCCUUCAUGGCUGCACGGGUCUGGCUAGAAGCCCACCCUGAGAUGGCAGAGUCAGAGGCCAGGGCUCUGCUUCGCUGUGUCCGCUUUGGCCGAAUGUCCACCAGGGAGCUGCGGAAGGUACGCGCAGCAGGGCUGCCAACACCGUUGUCCACAGACAUGCUGCACCAGCUGCUGGUGGAGGCCGAGAUCCCUGGCCGGCCAAGGAGGAGAGAGCCCGCACAAGCUCUUAUUGUGAUCGGCGGGGAUGGGCUCCGCGCUGACAUGGCUGUGAGACAGCCAUCCCGGAAAGUGUGGUGGGCCAGGGCCUUUUGCUGCGGAACAGGCCUGGUGCGGACUGUGGAGUGGGGGCGAUUGCCCACCCUGCCCGCCCCUGGACGUUUCCGCCAUUCAGCUGUGAGCCUCACUGGAAAAGAACUCUAUGUGUGCGGGGGACAAGAUUUCUACAGCAACUCCAGCACCCUGACUUCCACUCUCAGGUGGGAUCCCAGUCAAGAGGACUGGGAGGAGAUGGCACCUUUGUACCAGGCUCGCUGCUUUUUUCCACUGGUGGCAUUGGAUGGGCUUCUAUAUGCCCUGGGUGGACGAGACAAUGGUGUUGCCCUCAACUCUGUAGAGACCUAUAAUCCUGAGCUCAAUGUCUGGAGGUCCUCACCACCACUUCCAGUGCACUGCUUUGCUCAUGCAGCUACUGUAUUGGAGGGACGUCUAUAUCUGAGCGGCGGCUGUGACAAGUCUAGUCAAUUCUUGUCCUCCUUGCUUCACUAUGAUCCCAAACUUGAGAAGCCGGGGACAUUUUUGAGUCCCAUGGGGGUUGCUCGGGCUGGCCACGUCAUGGCUGCUCUAGGGGGAAGGUUGUAUGUAGCAGGUGGCCUAGAUGAGACUGGAGACCUACUGAGUUUUGAGGCUUAUGAUGUGAGGACUAACAGCUGGACCCACCUGGCACCCCUGCCCUCGCCCCAUGUAGGAGCUGCAGUUGCUGUCCUGCAGGGGGAGUUGUUGGUGCUGGGGGGCUACAGCCACCGCACUUAUGCUCUGUCUCACCUGAUUCACGCCUAUUGUCCCGGCCUGGGCCGGUGGCUCUGCCUGGGAGCGCUACCGCGGCCUCGGGCCGAGAUGCCUGCCUGCAUCUUGACACUGCCCACUGUGCAGCACAUAUCCUUGGUUUCCACCCAGCUCCAAUCCAAACCUGCUGGGUGAAGGAGAGCAACAGAGGAAGGGGGACAGUAGGGAUAAGAAACAUUCAUUGUUAAGGAACAGAAAUUGGGGGCAGAGAAAGAAGGACUUAUUCAUGUAGAAAUUUCUUCUUGCACAGUGCUUAACAACUCAGAAACUGCUUUUUGUGUCUGUGACCUUCAUGGAGGAAAAGGUGUUUAAAAGCCCUGAAGAAAGUGUGUUGGGAAAGGAAGGUAGCUGAACAGCUAAGUUAAAAGAAGGCACCGAAGAGAAACUCUAUAAGGUUUAAGAACCUGGCUAGAUUCUUGAUCAGAAAGAGCAUCUCUCUAGCUGGGGAAGGUAAUCAAGAAACUCCAGGGGCCAAGGUCCAGGGCUCAUGAGUGGAUAGAUGGAAAAAGAAAAAUGGGAAACCAUCUUUGAAGGAGUUUAAGGAGUGGGGUGGGGAGAUGAUAAUGAACAACCUAUACCUUACCAGGAUGUGAUCCUCUCUGUUCCCUAUUUUC